CAUGUGCUCAGUUUUGGUAAUGUUUGUGGACUUUGGUUAUUCUGCCUUAUUAAUUGUAAUAUUAUUUUGAUAAUGAAUUAUUUUUAAUUGUUAUUGCUGCGGAAAUACUUUUUAGGCACGCUAUUUGGUUAGUGAUCCUAAUGUCUACAUCUACUGGGAUUGAAGAUGUGGAGGAUGAUGUGGAGUUUGUAUCUGAGGCUCCUCUCAGACCAGUGUUGGAAUGUAUAGACCUGCUGAGUGAUGCUGAAGAAGAAGGUGACACGUCUACUGCAGAAACUAUUGAGGAACAGGUUGACAGGCAGAGAGCUCAUGCUUUGUCCACGCUGGACAGACUGGCAUGCCAGGUUGCUGUGGAGAAACAGGAGAGAGCUGAUAAAUGCAAAGCUUUUAAGGAGAAGAUGAUUUCACAGCAAGCGCAUGGGCGCCGUGAACUAUCAAUCAGCAGCACUAAUAGUGAAGGUGACAAUGCCAAGCGAUGUGUGGCUAUUUGGCUCAAAAUGCCAGGAGUACAGCCAGGUGCUGUUAACUCCGGCUCAAACUGGAGACGCAGAUCGGCUCCUGUUCCAGUGAAGUUUUCUCCUCAAAACUGCCCAGUCAUCAACUGUGGCCGAAUCUACGACAAUGUUCUUUUGCUUGAGGGCCAUCUGAAAAGGUUUGAUCAUUCACCAUGUGACCCCACUAUCACCCUGAAAGGCACCCCCUCUUCCAUCUAUGCCUGCCUGGCCUGUGGGUGCCACUUUAGCUCAGAAGAGUCGUGGAGAGAUCAUCGGGAUUCCAAGGUGUCCUCCUCUGACUCUAAUGGCCACAGCAGUUCUCAGAGCUAUCAGCUGAUCGUAUGCUUUGCAUGUCCUGCCUGUUACCUCCUCUUCAACAUCAGGGAUGACUGCCUUCAGCACAUGUCAGCCAAAAACCACUUCACUCAGUCCAUCUCUCUCUGUGAGGCAAAAUCCUCAGCCGUGCCUAUACCAAUUCCACGGUACGCAAAGAACCGCUUAAUUGCGCUCUGUAAGGAUGUUGCUUUCAAUGUCAAAUGCACAGUUUGCUCUAAGGUGCUUACGUCACAUAUGGAGGCAAGAGCACACUUCAAUGUGCACUGCAGACAUGGCUGUGCUAUUGCCACUGCUGAUCAAAACGUGGCUCACAUCAUGAGGAAGAUGGCGGUUGUGGGUCAGUGCCUUUCAUGCCCCAAACUCUUUCUCAGCCUGGCUCAGAUAAAGGAGCACAGCGAGCACAGGAAACACGAGGUGGAGAGUGUCACAAGCUUAGAUAAAGCCCUUCUGUACUACAGCAACUACAGUGAAAUCCGCAACGCUCAGAAGGGUACAGCCAAUCACAUCUCCAAACAUUUAAACGAGGCCUUGUUCUGCAGCUCCUCAUCCCCAGACAACAGUUCCGACGGGCCUUCAGCUAAGCGACAAAGACUGACCAGGUUAGAUUCCCAUGCCAAGACGAACAGGAAUGUGACCAUUGUUUGGUUCUGCGAGUGUGGUCUACGUUUCACGGAGGAGGAGCAAGCAAGCAAGCACCUCCAAGCUUCUAAUCAGAUCUUUCACAAAUGCGCGGUCUGCGGCAAGUUAAUGGGCGAAUCGUCCAUAGCUCGUUUGCACAUGAGCAGGUUCCAUGGGGGUGCUCACCUGUCCAACUUCCUUUUCCAUUGUAGGAAGUGCAAGGUGGACAUGCCAAGAAUGGAAGAUAUCAUGUCCCAUAUUGGUGUGAGCCAUAGAGGACACACCUACUACCAAGAAAGUGAGGACAGUGCCCCAUCAAGUAUGUCCCCCAAACCGUCCACCAGUGCUGAAAGUGAAAUGUCAAGACCACCCAGUGGUCCAAAAGUCGAGUCUUGGCUUUGUCGAAUGUGUGAAGAACUCUUUGACUCGGAGACAGCGGUGCACAAACACUGCAGUGAUUUGAGCAGCCACAGUUUCCAGAGGUUUGCCUGUGGACACUGUCCGCAAAAGUUCUUCAAAGAUUCCACUUUGCGUCGUCAUUGCGCCAACGAGCAUGGUGGCGAUAUAGUGCUCCGCUACUUCUGUGGUCUCUGUGAUAGCAUACUGUACGACACAGAGAAUGAGUUUCAGGAGCACUACAACAGUAUACACAGCCAAGAUUACUACCGCUUGGAAGCAGCAGUGAAUAGUUCCCAGGUAGCCGGGGAAAGCGCAGUUGAGAGUCCAACGUUGAGAGCAAGCCCUCCCCAACUCUGUCCUUGCAUGGGCUCUGAGAAAUCCAAAGAGGAAAGGAAAUCCAUUUUCACAAAGUGCAUGAAAGAGUUGGCCAAUGACAGUAAAUGCAACUAUGCCUGUCGCCAGUGUGACAAGAAGACGUCAGCCUUUGCUGAGAUGAAGACUCAUGUGCUCAUUAAACACAAUACCCAAGGCAAUGGGAAGACUUUUGAUGUUUUGUGCACUAUAUGCUCAGAGAGCCACAAAGAUGUACCCAGUUUCCAUUCACACUACCAUAAGCUGCACUGCCAGUUAGAGCCAUGUGUUUGUUCCCGACCCAACGAUGCAGGCAAGAAACCAACCCCCACCGCCAAGAUACUUAAUGCAGAGGAGGUCUUCCCAGAAAGUAAUGUGGAUGAAUUUCGUGAUGUCAAGAGUGUGAUCGCUUCAAGUGUGCUUGAUGUAAAAAAAGAGGUGACAUUUUCACAGGAUUUUGAAAAUCAUGAUGCAUUUGAUCAGGACAUGAAACUUGCUUUGGCCUUGAGUGAAGAAGAGGCCAGAAAGACAAAAGAUUUGGAUAUUGAAAUGGAAGAGGCCUUGAAAAGAAGCUUACAGGAAUUUUGAUUUGAAAAGAGAAACAGUUCGGAAUGGUGCAGGUUUUUCAUGUUGUCCAUACACUGGCGUCAUUAAACGUUUAUUUUUCUUUCUGUGUUGUAAGUUUCAAUAAAGAAAAUUAAUUA